AGUACAUUUCCAAGUUAGCCCUUUCACUUGCCAUUGCUUUCAUCGUUCUCCCUUUAUAAACAUUUCCCAACAGUUUUUACUAAUUCCCCAGAAAUAUCACCCUAUUUCUCUCCCAAAAUAGCAUCUCGCUCAGUUUUGUCUUGCAAAAUUCACAUGUCUUACGUGUGAAAAACUGGAGAAAAUGGAUUGUUGCAAAGACCCAAAGGCAAUUAUGGGUCAGGUUGUAUGCCCUAAGCCUCGUCGGGCCGGGCCGUCCGUGGUGGUUCCCUUGAGAUCUCGCCUGCGUGACGAUGCCGAGUCGAAACCGGGUGCUGAAUUGCUUGGUUUAAUCUUAAAGGAUGAUUUUCAAAGGUCGGUAUCACCUCCGUUUUUCUUUGGAUCCCCUCCAUGCAGAGCCUCGAAUCCUUUAGUGCAAGAUGCACGUUUUGGAAUUGAUCCAAAUAAGCUAAGUUCCAUUUGUAACUCCCCUAAUGAGUCGGCUCAUCAUUCUAGAGAACAGUUGGGUAAAGAACAAGCAGCCGUGAGAAUCGAAGGCUUUGAUUGCCCGAAUACCCGUGCUGUUGCCAUGGUGUAGAAUAUCUAUANAAAAAGAAAAAGAGGAAAAAAAAGAAAA